AUGGUUAAUGAUAUCCAAAACAGAACUUCAACUCAAGUAGAUGAUUCAUGUGCCCAUGAGGUUGACUAUUUUGUUUCAAGUAGGCCAAUAUCUGACCAAGAUGGUCUCAACGAUAUGGAAAAUAAAAUUAAGAUCUGUUAUUAUAUACAGGUAAGUGAACUGGCUAGGAUUGGAGGCAAGUCUCUACCAAACAUGAUAUAUAAAAUUCUAAAAAAAGUUUUUGAUGGUAGCAUUUUACUCGAAUUCACAUAUUAUGGCUUGAGAAAUAAGGAUAAUUUUUCUUUACUGGCUAUAAAUAAAGUAAUAAUUGUGAAAAAAACAUUCGAGGAGCUGAUAGCAGUGUUGAAAAGUCAUUUUACACCUGAGGUAAAUGAAAUAACUGAGCGUUAUAAGUUUUUCAAGGAAGACCAAAAGUCAGGUCAGCCUAUGUCAGAAUAUAUAAUAGAACUAAAAGCAAGAGCACAAAAAUCUAUUAACUGGGAAUUAGCUGAAAAAGAUGUAAAAGGUCAAAGUAUGUAUCAGUUUACAGUGCGUUCAAAAAUUAGUAAUUUUCAUACAAAUCGGUCAAAAAGUAUCGAUAAAAGAGAUGACAAAUGUACUAGAUGUGGUGGAUCACACUCUAGUAAGGAAGAAUGUCCAGUACGGAACUGGAAGUGCAGAAAUUGUGACAAAGUAGGACAUAUUGCAAAGUAUUGUUUCUACAGUAAAAAGAAUCAGAACAAAUCCAGAAGUAGGAGUUCAAGUAGAAGCAGAUUUAGUAAAGAUAAGUAUCGAAGUGGUGACUCUGUAUCGUCAGGAAAAAACAGUGUACAUGAAUUAUCAGAAGAAUUGGAGCAGAUGCAGUGUUAUGUGGAAUCAAGAAUGGAAGACAGAAUAAAUUCAGUGCAGAAAGCAGGCAGUCCAUUGUUAGUCAAGGUGAUAGUCCAGGAUAAGGAAGUAGAAAUGGAAGUGGACUCAGGUGCAUGCGCAUCAUUGAUAAGUGAAGAUAUGUAUUUAAAAAUGUUUUCUUUUAUACCAUUAGUUGAUGUUGUAGUUAAAUUUGUAUCAGUUACAGGAGAAAAUGUUAAGCUAUUGGGAAAACUUAAAAAACCAUGUGUACCACUCUUGGGUCGAGCUUGGUUGGAUAGACUAUACCCAAGUUGGAGAAAUGUCCUUCAGAUAAAUCAAAUCUCAAAAAGUAGUAAUAUUUUGGAUACUUUAGCUGUUAAAUACCCAAAUAUUAUUCCUAAGUCAUCGAAUCAGGUAAUAAAAAAUUAUAAGGCUGAAAUAGUGUUGAAGGAUAAUGUUAAACCAAUUUUUCAUAAAGCUUAUACAGUACCAUUUAAAUUAAGAGAAAAGGUAAAUAUAGAAAUUGAUAGAUUGGUGAAUGAAGGUGUCUUAGAACCAGUUAAGUUUAGUGAAUGGGCUAGUCCUAUAGUAAUUGUACCAAAAAAGAAUGGUAAUAUAAGAAUAUGUGUGGAUUGUAAGGUGACAAUUAACAAAUUUAUACAAACACAGCAUUAUCCCUUACCUAAUAUUGAGGAUUUGUUUGCAAGUAUGGCAAGUUGUACAGUGUUUUGUGUAUUAGAUUUGUCUGGAGCAUAUCAACAAUUAGAGUUAACAGCAAGUUCUAAAGAAUAUUUAACAAUAAACACUUUAAAAGGUUUAUUUAGGUUUACAAGGUUAACGUUUGGAGUAGCUAGUGCACCAGCUAUUUUUCAGUCUACCAUGGAUCAGAUACUAUUAGGUUUCGAAAAUGUGUUCUGUUAUUUAGAUGAUAUAUUAAUAGGUGAAAAAACAGUGGAAAAGUGUAAGCAAAAAUUAGAUUUGGUUUUAGAAAGAUUAAAUCAAUUUAAUGUUUCUAUUAAUGUGGAUAAAUGUAAAUUGUUUGAAAAAGAAGUUGAUUAUUUAGGACAUACGUUGUCAAAUAAAGGUAUUAGUCCACAAAUAAGGAAAUUGGAAGCUAUUAAAGAGGCAAGGGCACCAAAUAAUGUGACUGAAUUGCAAGCUUAUUUAGGGUUGUUAAAUUAUUAUGGUAAGUUUAUUCCUAAUCUCAGUAGUGAAUUAUAUGAUUUAUAUAAAUUACUAAGGAAGGAUGUUAAAUUUGUUUGGAGUGAUAAGUGUCAGGAAGUUUUUGAGAAUAGUAAAAGUUUGUUGUUACAAAAUCAAGUAUUAGAGAUUUAUGAUCAAAAAAAACCUAUAGUAGUAUGUGCAGAUGGUUCACCAUAUGGAGUUGGAGCAAUUUUAUCUCAAGUAGUGGAUGAGGUAGAAAAACCAGUGUUAUUUGCAUCAAGUUCGCUAUCUCCGGCUGAGCAAAAAUAUUCGCAGUUACACAGAGAAGCGUUGGCAACAGUAUUUGCAUUAAAAAAAAUUCAUAAAUAUAUAUAUGGUAACAAAUUUACAUUAUGUUCAGAUGCUCAAGCAUUAAGAGAAAUAUUUAGUCCACAGAAAGGUACAUCAGUGGUUGCAGCAUCAAGAUUACAGAGAUGGGCUGUAUUGUUAUCUAUGUAUGAGUAUGAAUUUCAGUAUAGACCAAGUAAGCAAAUGGUUCAUGUUGAUGCGUUAAGUAGAUUACCAUUAAGUACAGGUACUGGUAUUGAAGAUGAUAUUAUUAGUAGAUUAUGUAUAGUAAAUGAAUUUAGUUUAAAUACCACAGAUGUAGUAGAGGCGUUAAAAAAAGAUAAAAUGUUAUUUAAAGUUUAUAUCUAUGUAUUACAAGGAUGGCCUAGAAAGGAAGAAAGUGAGAUUGAUUAUUAUUUUAAAGUAAAAGAUAAUUUAAGUACACAGGAUGAUUGUUUAUUUUUUGGUGAUAGGAUUGUAGUUCCAGAGGUAUUAAAAAAUAAAAUUUUUAGAAUACUGCAUAAAGAUCAUGAAGGUAUAGUAAGAAUGAAAAUGGCAGCAAGAAGUGUAUUUUGGUGGAAAAAUAUGAAUACAGAUAUAGAGAAAAUUAGUAAAGAAUGUGAAAUAUGUGAUCAGACUUCUAAUGUAAGUAAAGAAAGAGUUAUAUCAAAGUGGCCUAUGGUAGUUAAGAGUACAUGUUGA